AUGAAGUGGUCGACAACUGUCGCGCUGGCCGCCGCGCCCAUGGCUGCCAUGGCCGCCAACAACAGACUGCGCCAUACCUACCCCGUCAGCCCGAAGCCGCGGGCUGAGGCCGUGAGCGAGCUCGACGAGCGUGCCCUCGUUUUCAGCAACGGCAACGGUCUCCUCAACGCAAAUGGACCCGGCAUCACCGUCAUCUGGGUCAACUUGGGCAACAAUGCGCCGACCUCCACCAUCAACCAGAAGGUUACCGUCACCUCGGUUGUUACUGUCGGGGGCGGCGGGGAGGCCACGGCACCCCCCAACGCCGAGGCCGGUAAGCCUACGGAAGCUCCUGCUGGCGAGGCCGGUACUGCUACGAAGUCCCCCUCCGCCGGAGCUACCCACACCGUUAAGGUCGGCGGUCCCGGAGGACUCACCUUCCAGCCCGACCAGCUUAACAACGUUCCCAAGGGCGACAUGGUCGUCUUUGAGUUCCUCUCCCAAAACCACACCGUCACUCAAUCGCCCUUCAACACGCCCUGCAAGAAAUUGGACCAAGGCAUGGACUCUGGUUUCAUGGCCAACCCCAACAACACCUUCUCGCCGGCUCCCAAGAUGGCCAUGCAGGUGACGGUUGACACUCCUCUCUGGUUCUACUGCAGGCAACAGGGCCACUGCGGCAAGGGUAUGGUCUUCUCCAUCAACCCCACCGCCGAGAAGACGCAGGCCAUGUUCCAGCAGAUGGCCAUUGCGCAGAACGGCACGGGUGAGGCCACGCCGAUCACCGGCGGCACUGGUAACCCUGGCGCUGAGCCCGCCGCGCCUCCUGCCCCGCCCGCCGCCGAGGCGCCCAAGGAGAGCGCAACGUCCAAGGCGGGUGAGACGGCCACCUCGUCCAGCGCCGGUGCCGCGGAGCCCACGGCCGGUGCCGGGACGCCCGCGGAGCAGCCGGCCAACGCUGAGCAGCCCAAGGAGCCGGUCGCCGGUGGCGAGGGCACCACGCCCGGCAAGGGUACCGUCGGCGCCGACGGCAGCUGCUCCUGUUUCGUGGCCUGCAAUGGCUUACCUGCCAUGGGCCAAGGCUCCGUUGCCUUGGGUAACAUGGCUGCCCUCCGCUGA